AUGGCCGGUUCUAAAUGCUCCUUCCCUUCUCGAGAUGAGGUGGAACACUUUCUGAGCGACCUGCCUCCUUCCAUGAAUAGGUACACAUAUGAAGGGAAAGAGCAAUUUGAUCAAAUCCUAAAAAUUGAAUACGACCGGUUUGAACGCUCAUUGCACCACCUCGAUCCAAACGCCCCAGAAAUAUCUGAAUACUUCGUUAUUGCCAUUGAUCCCUCCUCCUUCGAAAAAGAGUUUUUGCUCCCAGAUCCAAUCGCUGGUCUUCGUCUGUUCUACCACGCGGCCCUACAUAUCCUAAUUCUCAGAAUGACGACUCCGGAACAUGCUCAAGCUGCCAUGGCAUUGAACAGUGAAGUCCUGGAAACUUUGCAGCCUAUGGGGCUGUUUCGAGCAUUGCAAGGCUUUGGGGGGGUUAACAUCGACGUUGGAAAUGGCAGCAUCAAGCAGCCCGAUUGGGGCUGGGGCCCCAUUCGGCGUUCCCGUGGUGACCCCCAACGACCCAAGGUAGUCGUUGAAGUUGCAGUUUCAGAGACUGCCACCAAUUUACGCAACAACGCCAGAUUGUGGGUGGACCCUGUCAGAGGCAGAGCCAAUAUGGCUAUCACCGUCAAAGUCAACCGCAAAAAGCCCCAAAUCACAAUCGAUACCUACGAAUGGGACUCAGUCUCUCAGUACCCGAUUGUAAUUCCGUUCCAUCACAUUUUCGGCGGAGCCCCGGAAAUACCCAAAGAGACCGAUGUGCAGCUUGGAAGACAGCACCUUGUAAAUUUCGCAACUUCGCCGGCCGUGUUUGCAGAAGUUUGA